UGUACAGCAUUUUAUUACAUUUUAUUUCAGUGGCAUGGUCGCGCGAUUCUCGGGCAGAAAUGGUGCUUUAUGAUUGGCCACCACUGACAUACAUAUGUGUAUAUACUAACUGGAUAGCCGAUUGCUUGUGUGCAAAGGCUUAGGAACGGCUUAGGUGCCGAACUGACGUUUCACUCAGAGUGACAUGAGUUCCAAAGGUGCUUCAGCGUCGCUGGAUUAAAGAUCGAAGGAUACUAAAAAAUCCACAAUGUAACAGUUUAUUUAAACUGUGGUUAAUAGUUAAUUAAGUAAUGCUACGUGUUGUAUGUACUAUGUGCAAUAUAUGCGUCUGUAAAGCGACUCGCAUAAAAAUGAACCUAAACAUUAAGCGAACGUACGACUGAACCAAGAGAUAAACUUAUAAACUGAUAUAUGUAUACCUAAUUGACAAUGAGAGAUGCGGACCAAAGGUCUACUCUUCUUUCUCAUUUGCAUUGUCGGCAGUAGUAUUCUUUUCGUCGCUCUCAGUAAUCAGCGACCAUCGAUACAAACUUUAGUCACCGAAACACACAAACAACUACGAAGUUUUCAGGAAAACUUGAAAGAUGUGGAAGAAAAACGGCUGGUUACUGAUUCAAAGUAUCUUGUAUUGCUUGGCUUGGACCAUGAAAUCAACACUACUCCAAUUGUGCCCAGUCAAAACGUAACCAUUGUUACACUGCUGCGUCCUGGUAGCGAGCAGCAAAUAUAUGGUUUCGUCAAAAAUGUUACCCACUUUUUGCCAAAUUACAAUAUCGUGAUAUACAGUGUUGGACUGAAUGAUGAGGUAUUACUGAAUGCUAAGUCAACUUGCAACAGCAGCAAGUGUAGCGUAGUCCAGUUUGAUCUGAGCCCUUACCCUGCUCAUACAGAAGACGAUAGAUUGCACGUUUACAGGCCUUUGGUUAUACAGACAGCCCUAAAUACACUUGGAAAUAUAUUUUACAUGGAUUCAAAUGUGCGUUUGAAUUCGUCCGAGAUAUCAGCGUAUUUGUUUCCAAAAUAUGGGUUUCUCACAUGGCCAACAAAACACGCAACAAGUUCCUUGACCCAUCCAAAGAUGUACGAGUAUUUUCAUGCCUCUGCUGAAAGCUUCUUUUUCCUACCUUUGAUAAGGGCUUCGUACUUAGUUAUUAGUAACACCAAAAAAAUAAGGGAAAAUGUGAUGUUACCAUGGGUACAGUGUGCUUUAACAAGGGACUGCAUAUGCCCCAUAGGUGCUCAAUCAGCUGGCUGUAGAUUCAAUAAAAAGCCCCAGUAUCGUUACUCCGGUUGUCACGCGUACGACACAUCAGCAUUGAACAUAGUGCUUGGGCUUUAUUUUAAAUUUGAUGAUACUUGUUACAUCCAUCAAAGUAAAAAGACUUUUUUCAACACAAUCCAAUCAGAAGAAGUCAUAGAGGAAUAUUUGGCGAUAACAAAACAGAACAAUGUUACAGAAAGUAAUAUCAAAAACUUCAUUUCUACCGAGCAUUAACAUAUUUUUUAAUUCACAUCAUAAUUCAACUUUGAAUGAAUAUUGUACAACUUCUAUGCAAUUUCAGCAAAAAUUCUGUGCUUUUGUCCAUUAGCAUUAUACAUUCAAAAUGAAAAUUAACAGUGGUCUCAAAAUAAAUAUUUAAUGAGUUUUCUACUAUCAUUUUCGAUUCUGUAAUUUCUCAAGAGCAUAUAAAGAAGUUUAGUAAGGAUCUGUACGUACAAGUUCUGAAGAAACCUCAGGAUUGGUUUGAUGGGAAAAAAACUAUAUUUUUAACUCCUUGGUAAAAAAAUUUAUUUGAUUUACAUAUAUUUUCAUCAAUAUACAGUUUUACUGCAUACUGGAAGAGUAUUAUAAGUAUAAUUCGAAAUUCAUUAUGUAGGGGAAUAUCAAUAAAAUUAUCUUACAUGGCCAUAAUUGCAACGUUUUAUACUGUUUCUGAAUGCUGAAAUGAAUCAAAGUUUAAUCACAUUAUGUGAUAUUUAUAUAUUUUGGAGGUAUCCAGGUCAUUUCAUACGUAUCUACGAUUUGGAUUACUUGUGAAGGUGUUAUGUGGUGUCACGUAGCCAAUUUAAGAGUUCUUAUAAGGAUUCAUCUCACUCUUUUGUAAAACGUUGAUUCGAUUUGAAAUUUCUUUUCAUGUGUCUAUAUUGAUUUUAGGAAGUGUGUUCUGGUUAGUUAGCGCUGAUAAAUGAUUAUGUGAAUCAAUAAUCGAAUAAUUUGCAAAAUAUAACUUAAAAGCCUGUCUCGCAGAGUUAAAAAGAUGAAAAAUGGGCACUAUAUUUAUUUAGCCCUGUCUGACCAGAACGCACUCUCCAACAAUAGCAGGAUUAUUUUACGAGAAAUUGAUUAAUGUCAAUCUACCUGACGCGGGAGGAAGUUUAUAAAAACAGAUUUUUGGAAUGUUAGUGGACCGGCCAACCUGUUACGAUAUAUUUAAGAUAUAUAUGGAGUAUUCCACGUCAAAUGAACCUCGAUCUGCCCGUUGAUCUCUUCGAUUUCCCUCACGAUUUUCUAUAUGAUUGUUUCAACUCAAGGCACCACAUUUUUUUCUCAAAAUUUUUCCAAUUGAAUUAACUCAGCUACAAUUUUUGAAACGACCGUUUUUAUCAGCAUAUUGAAAAAAUCCGAAACAAUUCUGAAAAAUCCUGUUUCAUAUGUCAGAACUGUUCACCCUCAAGCCGGAGUAUGCCGAUGUCCUCUUCAUAUUUUUUCGAGCUUCUUUCGAAAGAUACAUUUGCAAAAGUAAAAAGCAAGAGUCAAUUUACUGCGAGUGAUUGCUCAUUUUUAUAUGUAACACUGGAUUUUUAAGAAUUUUUUAAUAUUUUUCUGAAGAGAUUUUUAUUCCUCAAGACGUAAAAAUUGCAAAUAAUCAAUUAGUUUGGGAAUGUCUGAAAAAAUUCUCAAAAAUCUGGUGCUGCAUCUGAAAAUGUUGGCAUAACCACCAUUUAAAUUA